CCACCCCACCCCGUUCAGAUCCGACGGCUGAUACUAAUCUUGAGCCACCACCUUUGAUCUCGACUGCUCAUUAGUCAUUAGUCAAUUUUUGUUUAUUAGGCCUUUGCCCCUACCUGCAAGUCUGGGUGUAGUUUUCUUGUUGAAUUCUAAGUUGCUGCUUGUUUAGUGAAGGGCAAAAUGCUGGUCCCUCCAUGGCUAGAACCACUGCUGAACACAGAUUUCUUCACCGUCUGCCCGACUCACGGUGCGGCCGCAAGGAGUGAAUGCAAUAUGUAUUGCUUAGACUGUAAUGUCGAUGCAUUUUGCUUCUACUGCCGUUCAACAAAACACAAAGAUCAUCGAGUCAUUCAGAUAAGGAGAUCCUCAUAUCAUGAUGUGGUGAGGGUUUCGGAGAUUGAAAAGGUAUUGGACAUUAGUGGAGUGCAAACAUAUGUGAUUAACAGUGCAAGGGUUUUGUUUCUGAAUGAAAGGCCUCAGCCUAAAACUGGCAAAGGAAUUUCUCACAUUUGUGAAAUCUGUAGUAGGAGCCUCUUGGAUACUUUUCGUUUCUGUUCUCUGGGAUGUAAGCUUGUAGGAAUAAAGAGAAAUGGGGAUGCAAACUUUGCCUUAGAUGGUGGCAAGAAUGAUGCAGUAUUACGAGAAAGAGAUGAAGGGAUAUCGAGAAGAAGUGUAACGCCGUCGUCAAGUCAAGAAGAAGAAUUUCGUGAAGGCUUACAACAAGGUAUAUGCCCACCCACGCUUCCUCCACCUCCUUCUAGUGCAAGAAGAAGAAAAGGCAUUCCUCAAAGGGCUCCCUUCGGCUUUUAAUCUAUAAAUUAUUAUUUAAUUUGCUUUUAAAAGUACUUUAUACAACUAAUAAUUUAGGGUCAUUGUCCCAAAAAUCUCUCAUGUGGAAAGAUCAAUAAUGAGGAAUUGUUUUUGAAAGUUGCAAGGUGCAUAUGUAAUUAAGAAAUUUAAAGCAAUUCUUCGUGGAGUUCGUUUUAUA